AUGACUGAUAUUGCAAUUAGAGCAAAUGGUGGAUUACCCUAAGUAGGUUUCUUCACUCAUUAAGACAAAAGAACUCAAGAUGUCCUAUAGGCUAAAAGAACACAUUUCCAAUUAGGCAAUCACCCUAGAAUUUCUAUGUCGCAGCAAAAAUUAAGUUAUCAAGAUUAUGUUUAGCAGAGAAAUGAUUAGCUUGGGAAAUAAGGCAGUGCCUUUUAAUCUUAGAAGAGUAACUUCGAUCUAGGUGAUUCAAGAUCUAAGAAUAACUUUUACGUUACUACCUAUAAUCAUAAUACCGAUAGCAGAAAGUAUAUGGGCUUUACCAAGGUCAAGGGAAUCGAGAAUAAAAACUUUAGCAGUUGUAUAUCGCAUGGUGCUCCAAAGCCAUAAGUAUUGUAUUCAGCUAAUACUCUCGCAUACAGGCCAAUGACAUCUAAGGUGACUUAAGUUGAUAAGGAUUUCAUAAAGAACAUUAAGGGAAAUCAUUUUAAUAUUGGAACUAAUCAGCUAGCUCCAAACCUCUAUGUUUCAGUUUCAAUGCAUAACUUUGAUUUUAAGGGAAAUGCAAUGAAUAUUAGAGCUAAAUUAGAUCAAAACAAGAAAGAUGACCUCAGAAGAAGUCAUUUCAAUGUUGGAGGAGAGUCAUACAAUUUAGUAUCGUAAUAGAAACUAGCAUAUAGACCUUUGACAGCCUCAGUAGUACAUCUUAAUGCAGAGAAAAAAGCUGAAUUAAGAAAGAGUCAUUGGGGUGUAGGAGAGAACGCCAAAACUAGGGUUGGUUCUUCAAAUCCAUUUGUUACAAACAACAUGAUGAAUUAUAAAUGGGUUCAGCCAAUUCCUAAGAUGAAUUGA